AUGGCGCCUCGAAUACAGGAUCUAUAUACCAAAGGCGCUGCCAAUAGCGACAACCAUAACCACAAUGGCCGCUCCCUCCCAUCGGCCAGCUCGAGCUUCAGUCGUAUUGGAAGAGAUACAGCUCUCGGCCCACGGCAGCUGCAUGCCAUCACCAAGAGAACGCAGAUGAUAAACAUACCAGCCAUAUACAGCGGCCCACACACCUCACCACCCAUUGUCGUAGCCAUUGUGCUCGGAACGGUCAUUGGCUUUGUGCUGGUGGCCUACGUGCUUUAUAUAGUGUUGAACAAGCCCAAGGAUAUCAUGUCUGCUUCAUCAGACGUCGUCUCAGAGAAUAUCCGCCGACCUAGGCGCAAGGGACCGCCCCGUCGAAAGCCCACCAAGCCAGCAGCUCGAAAGAAGCCUAUUAUAGUUGACGAAGACGAGCCGGAGCCAUACUUCGUUGACGUGCAGGACACCAGCGGCCACAGGCAUGAACAUGCACCUUCAGGGUAUGGAGAAACCGAGUCGCUGGGAUACACUGAGGAGACAUCCGAGUCGCACUACCACCAUGCGCCGAGGUCAAAAUACUCGCAGGAGAUGGCGGAGUCGUAUUAUGAUCCGAGCCCAAGCGGCCGACGGUGA